AUGAGAUUGGAGGAGCGGGGGGAUAGGUCUUCCGUGUGGAGAACCAUUUCCAUAGCACUUAGUCGUAGAAGUUUCAAUUCACCCCUCAACCAUUCAACAGAAGCAAUAGCAAAGAAAGCAGCAAGAGUGGAGAGAACAAGCUCUUCAAGCUCAGCUUCGGCAACUCGAGAAAGCAAUUCAGUUUGUGAGGAACCUUUAUAUACGUCGCCAUUUGACGAUCUGUCUGUUCAGGCAGGUGACAAGGAAUUUAGUACGGAAUCAGAGAAGGGGGACAGCAACGUCAAAGAAAGAGUGAUAAGAGUUGAAACCUCUCAGACAUCCACCAAGCCAUUAAGCCAGUGUAGAACAUGGGCUGCUGGACAGAAUGCGGAGCAGGCCAGAGAUGAAGAUACCGGAGAUGAGGAGGAGUCUCGACCAACCCUUGACCCUAACCCUCGGGGAGAGGUAAUUGACCUGAGGCAAGGCCUCGGCUACUACAAUGACAGGGCCAAGAAAUCGGGCCGGAAUAGCAGCUCUUUCGAAGAAAGACGCUCCUGUUUCAGUGACAAGAUCAUGAUUAGACUCUUGCGGAGAGGAAACGCCCUGGUUAAGCCAGUUUUGAGGGCAUUAACGAGCGAAGUGCCAAUAUUACACCACUUAAUAGUCCGUUCGAGUGACUCACUUCAUAAAGUGGGGACUUUGUGGCAAGCCCGAGGAAAGUAUGGCCUUAUAGGCUUUUCACAGCUAAAGCUGUCUCGGGUGUCGGCCUGUGAGCCGAAGAUCUCUGUCUCGUCAACCAUUCGUCUUCCUAACCUGGAGGUUGGCUUGAGAAAGCUCGCCCAAGAGAAGGGAAAGAGAUAA